AUGUUUACCAACGUGUUGAUGACAACAUUAACACCGCCGACAACGAUUAAUCACUGGGAGGAUAGACCGCCUUUGACAACUGUGUGGUCGGAGGAGAGCAGUAAAAAACUUAACGGUAUACCAAGAAAUUUAAAGAAGAAAAAACGAGUUCGCACUGCAUACACAACCGAGCAACUGAAAGUUUUAGAGAAGACAUUCAUUAGAUUCCGGUACAUUGACAUAAGCCGUCGCAAGGAACUGGCUAGUACUUUGAAUAUUAACGAGAAGAAUAUAAAAGUAUGGUUCCAGAACAGAAGAAUGAAAGAGAAGAAAGAAUCUUCUGAAUCAAGUUGCGAUUCCUCUACCGAAAUACUACAUCAAGAGGUAUCACCUGCAUCACACUCACCAUCUGAAUCUAUUCAAUGUGAAAGUCCGAAAAUGGAUGAUUAUAAGAGAUACAAUUUAAACACACAGUAUGUUUUACCUACAUUUUACUACGAACCAGUUCCUAACCAUUUCUGCUAUAAUAACGCAAUACCGGCAACAGAGUAUCAAGAUUUCUCUGUACAAAAUCCCAUAUCACCUGUUAGUGAAACUUUUUCAAAUGAAGGCAUCCAUUAUCCUACUGGUUACUAUCCAAAUUAUCAAGAAUGUGAGUACCCAAAUAACCAAAAUCAGUAUCGUAACAUGACAAUGGGCGCCGAAAAUUGGUCUCCGCAUACGUUUGAUUUAAGUUAUUUUAGUUAA